UAAAAAAAAAUCGUACCGGUGAUAGUAAACUAAACCAUUUUUGAUGUGUCUGUGGGUGAACCCCUGGAAACGCCAUCGAGGCGUCUACUAAAUCAGCAUCCGCAAAUCCAUUACAAUCCACUGUGUGCACCAUGGCUGCUCUCACCUUUGCUCACCACAUCCUUUUCUCCAAACCCUCCGUCUUCCUUCAUUCAACCAAAAAUGGUUUCAACACCUUGUUUUCCGUCUCCGUCCCCGCACCUUUCCUUCGCCGAUACAAAUCCUCACAGACAAUAGCAGCAGCUUCUUCACUCCUUGAACUUGGUGGAGUUAAAAUUUCGAAAGAAGAUGUGGUUAAAGAUGAACCAACAAAUAAUGUCCCUGAUUUGAUAUUCACUAAACUUGGAUUGCAACUUCAUAGAAGAGAUCAUCAUCCUCUUGGAAUCUUGAAGAAUGCAAUAUAUGAGUAUUUUGACACCAACUAUAACAAUCAGUUUCAUAAGUUUGAUGAUCUCUGCCCCAUUGUUACUACAAAAGAGAACUUUGAUGAGGUGUUGGUGCCUUCUGAUCAUGCUGAUUUACUGAGAAAAGGGUAUGCCAAUUUUCUUGUUACUGGUGAUGUUUAUCGUAGAGACUCCAUUGAUUCAACUCAUUACCCUGUAUUUCAUCAGAUGGAAGGAGUUAGAGUCUUUAGUCCAAAUGAUUGGAAUGAUUCUGGAAUGGAUGCUACUUUAUAUGCUGCACAGGAUCUAAAAGCAUGCCUCGAGGGUUUGGCACGCCACCUUUUUGGUGCUGUUGAAAUGCGGUGGGUUGACUCUUAUUUUCCAUUUACAAAUCCAUCUUUUGAACUCGAGAUAUAUUUCCAGGAGAAAUGGUUGGAGGUUCUUGGAUGUGGGGUGAUGGAACAAGAAAUAUUGAAAAGAGGUGGGAAAAGUGAUAAUGUGGCUUGGGCUUUUGGGCUUGGAUUGGAAAGAUUAGCCAUGGUCUUAUUUGACAUUCCAGAUAUUAGACUCUUUUGGUCAACCGAUAAGCGAUUCACAUCUCAAUUUACAAAAGGUCAACUUGGGAUAAAAUUCAAGCCAUUCUCAAAGUAUCCACCUUGUUAUAAAGACAUGAGUUUCUGGAUCAACGAUUCGUUCACCGAAAACAAUCUUUGUGAAAUUGUUCGAGGUGUUGCUGGUGAUCUUGCAGAGGAGGUACAAUUGAUUGACAAUUUCACCAACAAGAAAGGAAUGACAAGUCAUUGCUAUCGGAUCACUUAUCGCUCCAUGGAGCGCUCUCUUACAGAUGAGGAAAUAAACGAGUUACAGUGGAAUGUUCGAGAUCAAGUCCAAAGCCAGAUGAACAUCGUUCUAAGAUGAUUUCCAAUAUGCCAAAUGGAAUUUUGUGAAUACCUUCUAUUUACAAUAACAUGUUUAUGUUUUUAUUUAUUAAUGAAGACAUUCAUAUGUUGCAUUAUUACUUCCAAUUUCAACAUAUGUAACCCUAGUUUUUUGUUUUUAUCAUCAUAAUAAAAUAAACUACAACUUUUCUUUCA